CAUACAUUAUCGUGUGAUUCUCUCGUAAACAUGGCUGAAACAGCGGAAGACCACCGAACGUCUUCGGAAAAUGAGACAUCAGGAGUGACAGGUUCUGCAGAAUCUAUAGAUUUAUCUUGUAUCCACUGGGGGUACCUAAACUGUACACUAUUAAAAGAUCCAAAGAAGAUUAAGGAUAAUAUUUGGCAGACAUUUUGGGUUGAUCUCUGUGGAUCUACACUCAGGCUUUAUAAGGAUUUAUCUCUACCACAAAAUUCUGCCGAUCAACUGCCUCCUUCAAGUCUCAGUGUGCCCUCUAAUGAGAAUGAAAAGAAAGAAGCUUUUAUUGUCUUGAAGAAGGGGACAAAAGUUCAAAUUUUAGAACCAGGAUUUGAGUCACACAAGUCGCAAAAGAGGAAAUUCACAGUGAACAGAAGACAUGUCUUCAAGGUUUCUUUUACCAGUGGAGGCACAAACUCACCAUCCUACCUGUUUCAGGCUCCAACCAAAGGAAGCAUGUAUAGAUGGAUUAGCAAAAUUGAAGAAGCAAUUGAUAUGUCUGACAAACCACAGAAUGAAUCCACAACAGUUGUUUCAGCUGUAACUUCAGCGCUAACAUAUUUGAGGGGCUUUUCAUUUUACAAGAGACUCAAAGAAGCUAAACUUCGUUCAAUGGAGCAACAAAGAUUCCGUAUGGCUCCAGAGAUGAGAAUCCCUGAUAGAGAUGACAUUGAUUCUGGCAUGGAAGGUGACGUAGAAGAAGUUUAUGAAACCUCCAAGAAACUUGUGGACAAUCCUCGGCUUGAGCUAAUGAAGAAGCAACUGCAUGACUUAGAAGAACUUGUUCAGCAACUAGAGAAAGAAGAGGAGGCUUUCUUGGGAGGAAGUCUUUCACACCUGACGAGGAGAUGCGAGUUUCAUUCAACGACAACCAAGGAUUAUUUUCUGAUACCAGGCCACUCUCGGACACUGAUUCCCAAAGGAACAGAACUUACAGUACUGGGACAACUUCCAAACAAUCGCUGGAGAUGUUGUGUGGAGCUUCCACGAAGUAAGUCAGCGGGACUUGCAAACGGACAACACUUGGAAUCAUCUUCGGAAGUCGAGAGUAUUUCUUCAUUCGAUACCGCCGACGACGAAAAUAUUACGAACACUAAGCCGAACACAGACAUUUUAAUCGGAAGCGUUCCGAACAGUCUACUCAACGAUUUAAGCAAUCUGAUUUCGUGUAAACUAAAAUGCGAAGACGGGACACCUGUAGCUUCCCCAGGGGUUACCCCUCAAUUAUCUCCCUUCCCAUCCCCACCUCACUCCCCUUAUUCCCCGCAUAAGAACAAUCGGGACUCGUCUCCAGGUAAGCGAAGUUCCUUACGCAGGUCUAUAGCGAGUGAAAAUCUUAGUGAACAAGAUAUAUGGGAACAAUUUUGCAUACCAUCCCCACCCUCGUCGCCUGUUACAUCACGAUCUACCUCCCCCUCAAUGUGUCUCUCUUGUUCUCCGGGUGGAUCGCUCGAGGAUUUGGAUUUUGUUGAUAAGGAAAGCUGCGAGACUGUAAAUCCCGAGGAAAAUAAGGAAUGUUCUAAAGUAAUUCUGAGACAAGGGAGAGAAAAAGAUGAAAGAGAUUUGUCGGUACUGAAAAGUCGUAGAGAAGCCACUUUUAUGAUCGACGAUAUUCCAGAGACUUACAUCGGAAGUGAUUCAGAGGAUGAUAGAAUGGUGACAGUGAUUGAUGAAGUACCCCCUCAUGAGCUGUUGGAUUCUGAGAACAUCGAACAAGAACCUGUGAAAAUGCGAGUUAAAAAGGACCAGUCACAUCGCGAUUCUGAUACUGAAUCAAUUGCUUCUCUACAACCAAAUUAUGCCUUUUUGGUCACGAAGAAGUUACGGCAGCGAGGGAUAAGCUUAAUUGUGGGAUCUUCCAGUUCAGAAGAUGAAAACGAUGACGAUAAAGAUAUGGGACCUCUUUCAAGGCUGUCACGAAGACGUCUGGACAAAGAAUUCUUACAAUUUGAAAGCGAAGGGACAGAACAGGAGAUUCGACCGUAUUCUGCAUUUGUCCCAAGAAAACAAGUUGGAAUCACCUUAAGUAGAGAGGUUCAAAACUUUGUUCCUCGCACGUCCACAAGAAACGAACUACUCCUAGACUACUCGUCGCCUUCCGACAAGCCUUCGCCGAUGAUUCGCUCAAACACGCUCACUACUUUUGAAAAGUUGGGAGACUGGAGUUCAACAGAGAAUGCUCCACCCAUCAAUCAACGUCGAACUCUUCAGCUGAGCAAAGACAGUUCAGCAGGAUUUGGUUUCACUCUGCAGACGUACGGAAUUGUCCAGCAAUCAGGUGAUGUGGAGUACAUGACUUUUGUUCUCAGUGUAGAAGAGGAUGGACCAGCCUACAUGGCAGGACUCAGACCAGGAGAUCUCAUUCUGGAAGUUGAUGGUGAAAGCGUGGAGAAGGUGGACCAUAAGGAAGUGGUGGCACGUAUUCACCAAGCUUCUAAAUCAGUCAGAUUGGUGGCAGUAUUUGUAGAUGCUCUUCGAAGAAUGAAGAUGAAUACCAGACUAAAAUUACUCCAGGCUGAACUGGCAGACAAGGAACUCUUAUUCCAAGAAUUGUGUAAGAGAGAAGAUGAAAUACUCCAAGGAAAGGGAAUUUCCUCCUCAGAUAUGUCUUCACUGGAUCUACCUCGAGAGAGAACGAAUUCUUUUCUGUAUACCCAAGAAUUAACCAGUACUUUCAGUAAACAAUCGCCAAAUGUUCACGACAGCGUUUUACAAUAUCGCCAAGCUUUACACGACAAAGAAGCUCGUCGAAGUUCUUUGCCAGAUGGAGUUGAGCUUGGAAAACAGCGAAUUACUGCGACCACUGGUUCUGAAAUGUUAAAAAAGUUUUCCUCUCCAGAUCUAAGCGCGCAGCGGCGCAAACCAAUCAGUGCUAAACUGAUAAAAAGUUUCCGCAAGAAAAAGCCGUCAGUGGAAAGUUUUAAGUCAUACUUGGAACUCGAUUUGGACGCUGAGAAUCCUGGGAAAGAGGAGGAAACUGGAAGUGAUACACCUGGUCCCGAUGUUUUUGAGCCAGCGUUGACCACCGCUGAAGCGACAGCUACGGCAGUGUUAGACGAACCCAGGACUUUAGAACGAGAAGCUCCAGUGACAAGCAAUUUUACUCCUUUAGAAGAAAAUCCAAAGCUAAGUUCUCUUAUACGAAGCAACAGUGAGCAGAACAGUUCUACCCUCUACAAGGAGUUUUCGGAAAAUCCUGAUGUGUCAAACCAAGAUCGAAUUGCACCAGGAAUAGCCCAGAUGAAGAAACGGUUUGAAAAAUCCUCGUCGUCAAAAACGUUACCGACAAAGUCUCCCAAGCCAGCGCAGGACGAACGGAAUGGAAACACUCUUGGCUCUAAUGCUCUCCGAAUGGCGGAAUUUCAUGAACUCAACCAGAGACAAACUCCUUCCUCCUAACGACAGGAAAAGUAACUUGAAAUAGAGACGAGAGAUGAAUUAAGGCAUAGUUAUCACGUGUCUUUGUGCACCUCCCCCUGAUAAGUCUUAAGUCAGAAUGAUGUUAUUGAGCAAACAAUUUGAUCCCUGAGGAAGGUGGAUUUGGGUGCAUCAAAAUUCUUUAUGUUCACACAUGAGGAACGUAUCGUGAGAUUAAAAAGCCCUGCGAGCAUCAAGGUGCCUAACCCACUCUAUCUCUCCCCGCUCCGCUCUUCUACGCAGAAGGUUCGGCGGGUGGGCGUUGCAAGGCCAAUUAGCCGCUUUACACAAAGAGCGAAGGCUCGUGUUGGAACGCAAGUGUACGCAAACUGAAAGUCGCCGGAAUAGUUACUGUAGUAUCUACAAUUUGCGUGAAGCCUCAGGGCUAGAUGAGAACCCUAAGCAAUUAACAAAUGUUUGGAGAAUUACAAUUUUUUUAAUUAAGUACCGUACUCAGAGAACUUGCAAAUGCAACGGAAUAACAAUUUCCUUACAGCAAUAGGGAAAGCUUUGAAUUGAUUCACCUACAAGUUAGUAGUCUCCUCGGAAUGACAGGUUUUGUGAUAAAAAUAAUUAAAGAAUGGAUGAUUUGAAAUUUGA